CAUGUCGUCGUCGUCUACCAGAGCGCGGCGGGGCGGGAGCGGCGGCGGCAGGCAGCUGCAGUUCCCGGUGGGCCGGUGGCGCCACGUGGCGGUGGUCGACGCCGGGUGCGGGUGCCGCCCGCGAAGGGCGACCACGAGGCUGCUCAGCCAGCUGCCCUCCUUCCUCCGGCCCUCGCCCAAGCCGCCGCAGCCGAUGAGGAGCAGCUCCCGCUCGUCCUCCGGCUUCUUCCCGUCCUCCGCCUCCACCGCCUCCUCCUCCGCGGCCACCUUCACCACCACCCACUCCUCCUACUCCAACUACUCCACCUACUCCUCCAGCGCCUGCAAGAAGCAGCAGGACGAGCCGCAGGCGAUGACGUCCAACACGGGGGCUGCGGCGGCGGCCAGGAAGAGGAAGUGCAAGAAGAAGAAGAAGAGGUACGACAACAUGGGCGCUGCGGCGGCGGAUGCGGAGGAGGAGGAUGUCGGCGUGGCGGUGGAGAAGGAGUCGUCGGACCCGCGCGCCGACUUCCGGGAGAGCAUGGUGCAGAUGGUCGUGGAGAUGGGGCUCUGCGGCUGGGACGACCUCCGCUGGAUGCUCCGCCGCCUACUCGACCUCAACGCGCCGCGCCACCACGCCGCCAUCCUCGCCGCCUUCGCCGAGGUCUGCGCCCAGCUCACCGCGCCGCCGUACCACGGCUACGAGUACCACAACCACUACUGAGUACUGGCAGCUGGUUCACCACCUGCGGCUGGCAGCGAGCUCCUGUGUUCUGGUCCCGAGAUGGCGAGAGAUCCUUGCACCACCCGUGUGCUUCAUUACUCGUGCAGGGUGAUGCAUGCCACCGGGUGGUGAUAGGAUCUCGAAGGAGAAAGCUAAUUAAGAAAAGUUACUAAGCUACUAGCAGCAGCAUUAGUACCAGGUCCUUGUGUUUACUAGUGCUAGCAGUCAGUUCAGCUUUUGUUGGUGAUUUUCUUGCUAGCUUGCUCAGUGUUGCAUUGCAGUGUGCUUGUCUUAGUGUGUUCGGCCGGCCUUUGGUUUUGGAUGAAGGUCCCUGAAGUAGUAGUAGCAGUUGUUGUUUAAUUACCAGUAGAUUUAGGUUCAUGACUAUGUAACAAUGUCAUGGAAUUAGUGGCGUAUUGUGAGGUGUUUUUGCUAAAUGCACGGCACUUUUCCAGCGAGCUCGUAAA